GACGUGCUCGUGUGAUCGUGCCGUUCGGACACGGCGGCAUCCGCUACUAUGACGCGUCUCGCGACUUCGUUGCCUACUGCGACUUCCACGGCUACGGCGACGUGAGGUGCACGCUCACGCGCGCUGGUCGCCCUGGCAAGCGGCCGUCGCAGGGGCGGCCGCUCGGCCUGCUGGCGGCGUGGCUCGAGGAUGCGCACGCCCACGGUGACAAGGCCUCUCGCUGCAACAAGAAUGCCCAUCCUGAUAGAGACAGUCGCGCGUGGGGCAGGAUUCUGCUGAAUGACACAGCGGGCUCCGCAGAUCUCUUUGAGCUGGAGCGGGACGCCCGCGACGACGAGGGCGAGGAGCCCGAG